UGAAUGCGCUGGUGGUCAUCAGGGCGGCGCUGAUCGACCCGAGCGGAGUUCUCGGCGACUGGGACGCUACGGCCGGCGGCGACCCGUGCGGCUGGGCCAUGGUCACCUGCAACCAGGGCCAAGUUUACGAGCUGUCUCUGAGGCACCAAAAUCUCUCCGGUACAUUGUCGCCGGCGAUCAGGAGACUCAGGUCGCUGCAAAAUCUGUAUUUGUGUAACAAUGCAAUUUCUGGCCCUAUCCCAGACUGUAUAGGCAGCUUGGAGUUUCUGCGAAGUCUUGAUCUGUCAAAUAAUCAGUUCACUGGGAGCAUCCCAAGUACACUUGGUGGUCUGUCGAACCUCCUGUAUUUGAAAUUGAACAAUAACAGCUUAUCUGGACUUAUACCUGAUUCACUAGCCGCUGCUCCCAUGAUCUGCACCCUGGAUCUUUCCUUCAACAACCUGAGCGGCACAUGGCCAAUUUUUCAGGCGAGGAUUACUGUCUUACUUGGAGGUAAUCCAUUGCUAACCGCCCCCGUAAAAGAGCCGCUCGAUCUCCUGGCAUCAAAGCCAAUGAAUACAGAAGCCGACUCAGAGAGCGUGGAUGAAAGGGUUCGUAUACUUUCUAUCCUUGCGCUAUGUGUAGCACUUGUUUGUGUGGCUACCUUGGUUACUGGAGUUGUCAUGGUAUUUCGUCAUGGACGUCAGCGUGAGCAAGUCGCCGCAGAAGAUGUUCAACAAGGCCCAGAAGUUUGGCUUGGUCAUCUGAAGCAUUUCAAGUUCAAGGAUAUAAAAAGGGCUACUAAUAACUUCAGUCGAAGAAAUAUUUUGGGGGAGGGGGGAUAUGGAAUAGUAUACAAGGGUUGUUUGCUUGAUGGCACUAUAGUUGCUGUUAAAAGAUUGAAGCAUCAUGUUUUAGUUGUCGGGGAUGAUCAAUUCCACACGGAAGUUGGAGUGAUAGGCUUGGUUGUUCAUCGCAAUCUCCUUCAUCUUACUGGAUUCUGCACUACAAAUGAUGAAAGGCUCCUUGUGUAUCCUUACAUGCCAAAUGGAACUGUUGCUUCUAAAUUACAUGAACUUGUAAAUGAGGAACCAGCGUUAGACUGGUCAAUGAGAAAGAGUAUAGCACUCAGCGUGGCACGGGGACUGCUCUAUUUGCAUGAGCAAUGUAUUCCUAAGAUAAUCCAUCGUGAUAUAAAAGCCUCAAAUAUUCUCCUUGAUGAACAUCUUGAAGCAGUUAUUGCGGAUUUUGGACUGGCAAAACUUGUAGAUCUUGGGGUGUCUCAUGUUAUCACAGAAGCACGCGGAACACUUGGUCGCAUACCACCGGAGUCUUUGAUGUCUGGCCACUCAUCAGAUAAGUCUGAUGUUUUUGGCUUUGGAUUCCUGUUGAUCGAGUUGGUCACCGGCCGAGAGACGCUGGAGCUCCAUCAGAAUGAGUAUGUGAAUGGAGGAAUUCUUGACUGGGCCAAGGAACUCCUCGAACAAAAUCAGCUAAGCUCCUUUGUGGACAUGAAGAUAAGAAACAACUAUGACAGUGUCGAGUUGGAGGAGAUGGUUCAGAUAGCGUUGCUCUGCACAAUGUACAAACCUGAGCAUCGCCCUAGGAUGUCAGAAGUUGUUAGGAUGCUGGAAGAAGGAGAUGGUGUUGCAGAGAAAUGGGAGGCCAUGAAAGAUGUUGAGGAGCUGGACCCCGACUCCCCGGGCUAUCUGUUCCCUGUUCUGGAUUAUGAUGUAGAUCGAAGCAGUUCAAUUGAGUUGCAAGCCAUUGAACUCUCAGGACCAAGGUGAUCUCUAGCAGACGCUUCUUAUGUCUACAUGUAGUGAUCAAUUUCAGAGCCCAAAUAUGCGGGUUUUAAAGGAACAAAAGGAUAUUUCAGACUUUCUGCUUAAGUAGAUUGUCCUAUCUUGGUGUACCUCUUGAUGGACGGUAAAAAGGCUCUUCACUGUUAAUGACCUCCCUGAGAAAACAUCUGGUUGAUGAGGUGAAGUGAACCCCUCUUUGCUGACCAUCAUUUGGUGGGAGAAGGAUAUGAAUUGGAAAACUUAGAUAAAUUUUGUUAAUGCAUUUCUAGGAUUCUUUUCGUUUUUCUGAUAACAGAUGCUACACUUGCAUUGUGAUCAAUUAUUUUUUCUCUGGUGCUGACAGCGGUCAUGUAAAAGAACAUUUUUGUCAUAUUUGGAAGAA